AUGGAAGUAGAAUCAAUUCCAGUCGUCAUUGUCGGUGCAGGCCCUUCAGGACUGGUCCUUGGGCUCUGUUUGGCCCACUACCACGUGCAUUCCAUAAUACUGGAGAAGGAGGUCAACGUUGCAGAUGACCCCCGAGGCGUCUUCCUCGCCGCUGAUGCCCUUCGCGUGUUAUGGCAGAUCGGGAUUGAAAAGGACAUUCCGUCCAUCGGACACGAGCGCUGUCUACGCCGCCACGUUGAAGAGUCACCGUUCUGCACUCUGCGCAGUGGAUGUGAAGUGGUCGACAGACGUGAAGUCGACGACGGGGUGAUUGUAUUCUACCUUGACAAUGAAAAGAAAGUGACCAAACAGAUCAGCUGUCAGUGGCUUGUUGGCGCUGAUGGCAAACGAAGCACCGUGCGGAAAGACUUCCUCGAGCCGUCGGCCGACAUCAGGCAGGGACCAGGCCUCGUUCAGUACGAUGGGACGUGGGUGGCAGCCAACCUGCACAUCCGCCUGCCUACGCCAGAGACACAUCCCGAACUUCCCCUCUGGGAGCUUGGAUACACCCCAGAGCAGGUUUAUGAGAUGUACUGGCCUCAAGGCUGGCAUUUCUGCACCCCGCCGGGCAGAGCGACAGCCUGUGGCCGCUUUGGCCCGCAUCAGGAUCGUCUAUGGCGCCACGAGUUUGCCGUAUCAAGCUCGAAUGACUCCAUGGACGCCGAGAGCCUCUUGUGGGCUCAUCUAACCCCGAUGAUCACCCGUCGCGAGGACCAGGCGGGGAGGCGCUUCCCAGGGGGUGCAGUCCCAUAUCCGCGAGACUGCAUCGAGAUUUGGCAGUGUCGACCGUACACGUUCUCCCACCGUGUUGUCAAUAGA